GUGUGACCCUGCCAGGCAUUCGAUCAGUACAUGCUACCAGGGUGUUAUUUCAUCAAUGUGAGGUCUUUUUGUUGCGUGUCGUAUUUACUCCGAAACAGAUAGCCGAGGACAUGGAGGCGAUGAAGAGAAGGCACCUGGAGAUGGUGCAGGAGCUGGAGGAGAACUUUCACAUCGCAGCACGGGAGAACCAGGAGUGGACUGUCCAGAGGAUGAGAUCUCACUACCAGAACAAGCUGAACACUCUGAGGAGAAUCCUGGACCUCUACCAGGAGAAGGUGGAGAGGAAGAACGCUGAGUGGGAGAGGAGAGUCGGGGCCUUGACUGUCCAGAAUGAGCAGCUCCUGGAAGAGCAGCGAGCUGAGAGGAGGAGGAGCAAAGAGGAGGUCCUGCAGUGGCACAGAGAAAAGAGCAAAAUGCUGGAACUGUUCUCCAACAGGCUGGAUGUCCUGCACAGCCACCAGGCCUCCACACUCCGGGAGCUGCAAAUGGCCCGACAGGAAGUGGGGAAGGUUCAAGAAAUGUUGAUGGUGUCAUCACAGGCGCAGCAGGAAGCUGCUGUGGAAAGUGAAAGUUCAGAGGACAAAGCACAGCAGCACACUGUGGCCUGCAAUGAGUCAGAUCAGCCACUGGAGGGGGCUAAAGCCCGUCUGGAGGAGCUGAAAGAGAGCUUGUACCAGAGGGAGAGAGAGAUCACUGAGCUGCUGGAGGCAGAGGGGAGCCCCGUCCCCCCGGUCCCUCAGCCUCCCUGCAGCGUGCUGCUGCCCACCGUCAUACACAAGGCUCAUGCAGUCUGCAGUGCAGUGGCUGAAACCAGAGCUCUUCUGGACCAGAAGAUUGAAGAGAAUCGUGUCGCACUGAUCGAAGCCAGAGACAAACUUGACAGUCUACAGAUGUCCAGAGAAGAAAAUAAUGGCAGAGAGGAUAAGAGCACUGACCAGGACGGGUUGGAUGAAUAUGAGUCAAGUUUGACAUUACUACAAGAAACAGUGAGGGGGUUUGAAGUCUGUCAGUUGGCUUUGGACUGCAUCAAAACUGGAGAAAGUCCCGAAAUAAAUGACUGCGAUGCAGUCUCAGAGCUGGAGGACAUCUUGGGACGAGGGACAAUCCAAACCACAGAAGGAGUGAAGAGUGUUGGUCAGCAGCUUCUCCUGCUGCAGGAUCAGCUAAAACAAGUUAAAGAAGAGAAAAAGAAAAUAAUUGAGAACUACACGUCAGAAAGGACGAUGAGGAAGAAGUACUACAACAUGGUGGAAGACAUGAAAGGUAAAAUCAGAGUGUUUUGUCGGAUUCGACCUGUGAACAGAAACGAGGCGGCGCAGGGUGGAGCCAUCGCCGUGGAGAAAAUAGAUGAAUACUCGGUCACCGUGGAAACACCGCGAGGCCAGCGGGAGUUUCAGUUUGACAAGGUGUUCAGUGCUGAGGCCUCGCAGGAUGACCUGUUUCAUGACACCCACAGGCUGAUCCAGUCGACCAUCGAUGGCUACAACGUCUGCAUCUUUUCUUACGGCCAGACGGGCUCAGGGAAGACCUUCACCAUGGUGGGGGACAAGGAGCAGAAGAAGCCCGGGAUCAUGCCGAGAUCUUUUAAUGCCAUAUUUGAUCUCAUACGGGAGAACAGCAAUAAAUUUGACUUCAAGGUUUCGACCUAUAUGCUGGAGCUGUACAACGACAGGCUGCAGGACCUCUUUGUGAGCCCGGCUGGUGAGGCCCAUGCACAGUCCCAGUCCCAUGGUGUGUCCAGGCGGGUGGAGAUCAAGAGGACCAGAAAGGGGGUUGUGUUCGCACAAGGAGCAGAGACAAAGGAGGCUUCCAGUGCCCAGGAGCUCUAUGCUCUGUUCCAGCAGGCCUGCGCCAACCGACACAUCUCGGCCACCAAGAUGAAUGUGGAGAGUUCCCGCUCCCAUCUGAUCAUUGGCAUCAUGGUGGAGAGCAGGAACCUGACCAAUGGGAGUGUGAGCACUGGGAAGCUGAGCCUGGUGGACCUGGCAGGCAGUGAGAGAGCAGCCAAGACUGGGGCCAAGGACCACCAGCUAAAGGAGGCCAACUCCAUUAACAAGUCUCUGAGUGCUCUGGGUGAUGUGAUCUCAGCCUUAUCCUCUGAUCUGCCACAUGUUCCAUACAGGAAUAGCAAGCUGACACAGGUGAUGCAGGACUCUCUGGGUGGAAAUGCCAAAACCCUCAUGAUUGUCAACAUCUCUCCUUCUGAAUGCAACCUUGAAGAGACACUCACAUCUCUCAUUUACGCGACGCGAGUGAAGGCCAUAACCAACAAUGUUCAGAGGAAUGUGGACAGCAAAGAGAUCGCGCAGCUAAAAGAGGUGAUCAUGAAGCUGAGGUCAGGACUGACGGUGGAGGACGAGGACAUAAUAUGAACUGUACUGUAAAUGUUCCAAGUUGUGCGUAAUAGUGGAGUAAAGUGUUGGACUUGGAGUGUU